GCCUUCCCCACUAACUAUGUAUACAUAGGAAUAAGUAGAUUGAUAUAUUCCCUCUUUGUCUGUACCUGUAGCUUUUACUUGAUGCUGAUUUUGAUUUAUAUACCUGUCGGGCCGCUGGAAGAAGUGGCUCCUUCUCUUUGCCCUUGAAAUACAGGAUGAUUGACUUUGUUCGUAAUUAUUUCUACUUCGAUUUCGUUUUCUGCAAAAGUAAAGUCUCUGAAACAGUGAAAGAAUUAUGAAGUGAAACACCUUCUUGUACUCACCGGACUAUUUAUUUUUAGUUGAAGUGAAACACCUUCUGGUGCUACAUCCACCUGUUCAUUUUUAGUUGGAAAAACAAAUACUAAUACAAUGACAGUAUAGAGAAACUUGCUCCUUAUUUUUUUGGCAUGUAAAAAAAGUUAAAUUGUUGGCUGAGCACGACGACUAAGCGUGAUUUCCAGAGAGCAAGUAGUACGUGAACGAGUAUCAGCACUUUUUUGUAUCAAAAAUCGAUACAGUAGAUGAUGCGAGGACGCAUAUGAUUGCAAUACCAGGACGAUGGUGCUCGUCGUGUUCAUUUAGUUGGCAUCAACGCUGAUAUGGAAAUUCAUUCGAGCGCGGACUUGAGCAGCGAAACCACAUUUUUAUCACGCUUGAUGUGAGCAUCUGCAUGAGCGCCAAAUACAAGUGCUGGUCGAUUUAUUUCGCCGCCCACCGCAGAGGCAGGCAGGAGGCACGCACUGUGACUGUGACUGGCACAAUGAUUGCGAUCACAAUUCAGUAUAUCUUCGAGCCUACAACAACUACAGUAUCCACGAUUCUGGCGAGACAAAGGAAUUAACCCAUACUAACCCGGUAAUUAUAUUGAAAUUGUGUGAAGGAGCAGCUCCUGUGAGGUCUACAACCUUGCACGACGCACACAAACCAAUAUAGAUGAGACAACCGUACUAGUUUUUUAGUGCCACCUGCCAGUAGCUUGAAUAAAGCGUACUAUUGUUGUACCACUUACUGUACCUAGCUCCGCAACAUGACAGAGGCCGAAACGACGCUUCGCCAGCGAGGCGAGAGUGAAACUGCGGCAGCGAGCGGCGCCAAAGAGGACCAGGGGAAGCCGUGUCCAAUGAGUGGAAAGUACGGAACUUGUCCAGGUAGUACUUGGCACAAUUGGAAAAGUAGUUUAAGUUUUUCAUAAAAGAAAAAUGGAGUUUCGUUUCUCAGUAGAAAAAGAUGUCGACAUACAUAAAGCAAAAAUGUUUUUCUAGUAUCAAAGAAACUACCUCCGAAAUUACAGUUUCGGGCCUUCUGUCCUCCUCUCCCGCUGCAAAGAAGAAAGACCCGUUUGCCGCCGGCGCAAAAUCUAUGGUGCCGGCAACGACGGAAGCUUCGUCAUCAGCCGCGAGCGGGGAGUCGUUUCUCUGGGCGUUGUGCCCGAUCCACUGGGAGCGAAACACGCUGUACUUGAUUCUUUUGGCCUACGUCCUGGGCAUACUGAACGGGCUUGUCGUUGCGAAGUGGUUCAUUUACUAGCAUCGGGCUUGUUGAUAGUGAAGGUCAGAGUCUUUUCAUGGACGAGAGGAGGUGGCUCAGUACAUCGCCCGUCGCACCACAGCCGCAGCUCUGCGUUGAUCUCAUAUGUUAAGGAAGGAAGAAGGAGACCCACGUGCUGGAGACCACGCAGCUGGCGGAGGGCAACGAGCGACUGUAGUAGAACGUCGUAUAAUUUAGGCCGCUUUUGGCAGUCGCAGAGCAGCUUGACAAGAACGACAACACACGACAAUGCAACAAAAUUAGUUCAACGGAGCAUCAGCAUCAUGCGCAUGAUCAUUCUAGCGACCAAAAUGUACCACCUGCAAGCAAUGUUUCUCUUGCACCCUGCUCAUAUUAGAGCAAUGAGCUCUCAAGUACUAAUAAAUGCACAUAUUGGAGGACGAAGUCGAAGUCCGCCUCAUGGAGAAAGGAUCAUCCGUGCCUCUGCAGUUGGACAAGUCGCCGCUCCCGGCUUUGUCCGUUCAGGCACGCGGUUCUUGUCAGGUCUUCGCUGUCGGAGAAGAAUGAAUGUUCACCGAGAAAGAUCGUAAUUUCGGGUACAUCUACAACAGUGUGCUAGAACUACUUACAAGUGUAGAAAUUUUGUAAUUCGUGUAGGAUUAAGUAUCGAUUUGAUGUUUGCAGCUUCGAACUACCAACGAACUCCACUAAGAGCAGUGGUGCUGCGUCGACCUAGACAAGUUGGCGUCGAAAUUUCUGAUUAGGCCAGCAGGUUUUACCCAUGGCAUUCCUUCGUAGUCGUGACACUGACACUUCGCUUAGUGCAAGACUUCUGGCACCCCAGGCGAUCAGAUUAUUUUGAAAGAGAGAUCAUGAGCAAGACAAUUAACGAAGACACCGACCAUGAGAAAACGGAGUGUGGUCCUCGCUAUCGUCAUUCCAUCACGUAAAAUACCGUUUGAAAUCUAAUGUGCAAAGCUUUAGAAUAAAGAGCACCGGAGCAGCAGCGCCUGCAGCGACAAAU